UCGUAGUCCCGGGCCAUGGCGGGCGGGGGAGGCACGCGCGGGCGGGCGGGGUCGGUGCUGGCCUCGCGAUCCGCAGCUCCCUCCGGGCUGCUUCGGCAGCGGCGGAUCCACUUCCCGAACAAACAGCCGGAACUGACAGAAACACCUCCCUCUUCUCCCCCUCCUCCUCCUCCUCCUCCUCUUCAGCAGCCGCCGCCGCUGCCGCCGCCGCCGCCUCCCUCCUUCCCGCCCCGCCCCGCCAGCGCGCAGGCGCAGCGUUUGACACCGCCUUUGCGCAGCCGCAGCCGCGGCCAGCCCCGCCCUCUCCGCGCUCGCGCCCCGCGCAGGCGCUCCGCGGACUCCCGCGGGCGCGGGCGCGGGCGCGGGCUAGUCUUCCCUGCGUCUCGUCGGCGGACGUCGCCGCAGCCGUGCGCGGCCCGGGGAUUCGGAGAGCGGGGUUGCUGUGGAGCCCUGAAGGACGCCGAGAGCGCCGGAGAAGCUCGGCCGGGGCCCGGGACGGACUGGCUCCUGCAUCUUCGAGAGCCGGAGGCGCUGCGGAGACGGAAAGACCGGCACGCAGUGACCUUGGAGGCGGGGCUUACGCCCAGCUCCCGGUUUCUCGAGACCCGGGAUCCGGACACUCCGCCCCCUUCCGCACGGACGCCGCCUCCGGGGUGCUGGUCCCGGGCCUGCGGACGGGACGUCCUGGUGGACGCUGGCUGUCCGGUGUUGAAGGCCACGAGUCGCCUGCAGAGCGGAGCAUGAGAGGAGUGUGGCCUUUGAAUCACCUCCUGGCCCCGUGACCCGGUGGAGCCUGAGUUGCCUCCUUGGUAACAUGGGGAGGGCAGUUCCAGAGUCAGAGCCCCGUCCGCCUUGACGCCGAGCCGGUGUGAGCGGCACCCGCAGCCGAAGCAGCAGCUCCCUCGGCUUCGAUUUCACACCGCCUACACAGAUACAUCUCAAAAGCGUGUGGUUAGGAAGACCUGGGCUGCCGGGAGUUAAGCGGGAUUGGGUUUAUCAUCAGCUCCAGUUUUUUUCCCCGUUUUGGAGUCACAGGGAAGAUCCUUGAACAGCUCAUGGAAUGUUCGACUCAAGUUUUGAGUUGUUUUUCCAGGAACUAAGAAUCAAGUGUGGUGAUGUCAAAACAAUAUGGGCUUGGAACCUGAAGGUACUGCCUGCGAGAGGAGCUGCUCAUGUGCCUUUCUUUAAAAAAAAAAAAAAAAAAAAAAAAAGAUUGAUUUAUUUUAGAGAGCACAAGAGCAGGCAGAGAGGCAGAGGGAGAGAGAGAAAGAGGACUCCAGGCAGACUCCACACUGAGCGUGGAACCCAUCACUAAAUAGUUACUGAGAUUUAGGAUAAGUCACAUCACAUCUUGGAGCCCAUUUCCGCACAGAAUAGUUGUGAGGCUGAGAGGUUCGUAAAUUAUCUGGCACAUACAGGCGUGAGAUAAACAGCAACAUGCUGUUAGCCCUGAGCAUUUUGCACGGACUCAUUCAUACUUUCGGCUGUUUCCUACUGUAGACACCUGUUACACACGUUUCCAAGGCAGCCUCCUGGUAUCAGGCUGCAGGAUACUUUUACUCAAAAGUAGAGCAGAGGGGCACCUGUGUGGCUCGGUCGUUAAGCAUCCAACUCUCGCUUUCGGCUCAGGGAGAUCUCAGGUCUGUGAGAUGGAGCUUCCAUCAGACUCUGCUCAGUUCAGAGUCUGCUUAAGUUUCUCUCUCCCUCUGCUUCUCCCUCUCCCCAACCUUGUGCACUCACUCGCACUCUCCCUAAAAUAGAUAAAUGAAUUUAUUUAUUUAUUUUUACUCAUUUGUCAGAGAGCACAAGCAGGGGGAAUGGCAAGCAGAGGGAGCCCGAUGUAGGAUUCAAUCCCAGGACAGGGGUUAUGACCUUUACCAAAGGCAGAUGCCUAACCAGCUGAGCCACCCAGGCAUUCCUAGAUAAAUGAAUCUUUCUUUUUUCUUUUAAGGUUUUAUAUGACAGCACAAGCAGGGGAGGCAGAGGGAGAAGGAGAAGCAGACUCCCCACUGAGCAGGGAACCCAGUGGGGACUUGAUGCCAGGACCCUGGGAUCACGACCUGAGCUGAAGGCAGACGCUUAACCAACUGAGCCACCCAGGUGCCCCAAUUGAAUCUUUAAAAAAUAAUAAUAAUAAUAAUGCUGAAUCGGCCAUAGUGAAGACCAGAUUUCUGACUUGCCUGCACAUGUCUUCUAGAAAACAGUAGGCAUUAAUCGUUUAUUCAGUAACUAGUGAGUGCUUACCACUUACUAUAUGCCAUAAGUUGUAGAAUAGAGCAUUUUCCCUCCAGCAGCUGACAGUCUUCUCAGCAGUAAGACAUACUCACAAAGAAUUACAAACAAGAGGGGCGCCUGGGUGGCUCAGUGGGCUAAGCCUCUGCCUUCAGCUUAGGUCAUGAUCCCAGGGUGCUGGGAUCGAGCCCCGCAUCAGGCUUUCUGCUCAGCGGGGAGCCUGCUUCCUCCUCUCUCUCUCUGCCUGCCUCUCUGCAUACUUGUAAUCUCUGUCAAAUAAAUAAAUAAAAUCUUUAAAAAUAAAAAAUUACAAACAAGAUAAUGUAAUAGAUAAAGCAGCUGUCAAAUGAGGGGUCCAGACUUGAGAGGAAGAGAGCGAUCACUUCUCACUCAAAUGAUGGGGAAGAUUUCAUGAUGGAAUUGGAACUUAAGAGCCUUGAACAACAGGUGUAUUCAGACAGCAGCUGUCACCGUCUGAGAAUCAUCAAUUUUGGUUUCGAGGGGGAAUUCCCUAUUGGCCAGGAUAUGUGCCUGGUGUCCCCUGAAUGAAACGGAGCAUAUUUCCUCUAGAAACAUCGGGUGCUUUUUAAAAAAUUUUUUAAAUUUUAUUUGGCGGGCAGGGGGUGGGGAGUGCGCAGUAGAAGGACAGAGAACCUCAGGCUCCAAGCCCUGCAUGGAGCCCAGCAUGGGACUCAGUGUCAUGCCCCUGAGAUCACGACCUGAGCCGAAAUCAAGUCGGACACUAAAUUGCGCCAGCCAGGUGCCCCCUAGAAACACUGCUUUAUGUUUAUUUAAACUACAGUUCAGUGGUAGGCUGUGUUCUAGGAGGCGGGUCGGUAGGUAGGUGGAUAGAGAGAGGGAGAAAGAAACUAUAAAUGUACAAAGCUAUAAGCAGCGGGGACCUGAGGUGGGCCUCCGUAUGCGCCACUGAUGGGAAGGGCUGUCCUGCUGUUCUGAACAGCCAGUUUACAGAGGAGACUGCGGUGCCACCUGUUUGCACGGAAGAAACCAUAACAGGGAAAGUUUCUGAGCAGAGGAGCAAUAUCAACGUCUUAUUUUAGGAAAGUAGUCUGGUGCAAGCAUCCACCGGAGUGGAUUUCCACUGCUGAACUUUCAAGGAGGUCACUGCGGAAGCCAGGUGUGAGGGUAACAGCAGGAGAGGACAGAUGCAAAGGACAAUAUGCAAACCACAUCCACUGGAGAAAGCAGUAUUGCAAAAACACAGUCACAGAAUUUACCUGGCAACUGGGUUCAUUUGCGAAUACAAAAAAUACUCACACGCCUUCUGGGUGCCAGGCACUGAAGACCUAACGUGAGCCAGACAAAGCCCAUCCUCAUGGAGCUUAGAGCUUAAGUACAGUAGGGAAGAACAAGUCAUUCCUUCACAUUUGAGGAUUUUCCAUGUACCAGGUGGUGACAGAUGGGAAGCAUUAGCAGUAAAUAAAAAUUGUUAAUCUCUACUUUCACAGAGCUGACAUUCUGGCACAGAACAGAUAUCGGGGCAGCUGGGUGGCUCAGUCGCUUAAACAUCCGACUCUUCACCUUGGCUCAGGUCUUAAUCUUGGGGUCAUGAGUUCAAGGCCUGAGCUGGGCUCCAUGCUCGGCAUGGAGCCUACUUUAAAAAUAUGUGUCUAAAGGGAAGAGUAGGGACAGCAGCAUGCAGAUGUUCACCAGAACGGACAGUGACAGCAGAGCGGGGUGUGUUCCUUAUUCAAGAAUUUGGGCAGUGAGGGGCACCUGGGUGGCUCAGUGGGUUAAGCCUCUGCCUUCAGCUCGGGUCAUGAUCUCAGGGUCCUGGGAUUGAGCCCCAUGUUGGGCUCUCUGCUCAGCGGGGAGACUGCUUCCCCCCCCCCCUUUGCCUGCCUCUCUGCCUACUUGUGAUCUCUCUCUGUCAAAUAAAUAAAUAAAAUAUUUUUUUAAAAAAUUGGGGCAGUGAAUGAAAAGUGAAACUGGUGAUGAAGAGAAGAGUGGGGCCAAGUAAAGUAUUUUUCAGGAUCAUACAAGUGGAGGCUGAGCAGCUGGUAAGGAGUAGGGUCAGGUAGUAAGGGUUGAACAUGAGCUAAGGGCACUUUGUUUUUUUUAAAGAUAUAUUAAUUUAGGGGCGCCUGGGUGGCUCAGUGGAUUAAGCCGCUGCCUUUGGCUCGGGUCAUGAUCUCAGUGUCCUGGGAUCGAGCCCCGCAUCAGGCGCUCUGCUCAGCAGGGAGCCUGCUUCCCC